UCAUUUGAUGGUGAUGCUUGCUUACCCCUCUACACCGAUUCUACUUUAAUGUUGUGAUUUGCAGGGGUGUCCGCAAAAUAUUCACAUUUUCAGCCAAGUCACUGGAAUGUAGACUACAAAAACCACUGCACCUGCAUGUACCGUAUUUCGCUUUCAUCCGGGAAAGGUUUAUUGGAAAGGUCCGGACUGGUCUGGGCGCAUUCUCUGAAAGAUAACUGAGAUGCCACGGUUACGCGUAGAAGCCACUCGAUGAAGAGACAGGUGCGAUGGAGAGGAUUGAUAUUAGGCUAGCUGCGGGGAUAACGGCUCCGUGCUGUGCUUCACCCUUUGUGUUGAUUUGAGAGUUGUAGAAAACCCGAUCUGUAUAGGUUACGAGAAGACGGCUGGUACCCAGCCAGACAUAGCCCGCAUACCUGUCGGUCUCGCACAGUCAAUGUGCCCGUGCUGUGCUGCCAUGACGACCAUGGCCCCUCCCCUCAUGUUUCUCCUCCUGCUCCUUCAAUUGGCUCACAGCUCUUUCCCAGAGGAGCCUGGUCCUCUAAGCUAUGCUCCCUUAGAGGUGGUGAGGAGGUACCCUGUGUUUGUGGGUAGAGCUCAUCGUUCCUCACAGAGACAGGAGCUGCACAUUCACACAGUGCUCCAGGUCAACCGCACACUCUACAUAGGAGCCAGAGAUGAUCUAUAUAGAGUGGAGCUGGACAAUAUGUCAGGGGACGAAAUAUUCUACAGCAAGAAGCGGACGUGGGAAUCCAAUAAGAAUGACAUUCGAGUCUGCAGGAUGAAGGGAAAACACGAGGGGGAGUGUCGUAACUUCAUCAAGGUGUUAUUGAGCCAACAUGGAGAACUGUUUGUGUGUGGAACUAACGCCUUCAACCCUCUAUGUGCCAACUACACUAGGGACACUCUGGAGAUGGUAGGAGAAACGGUCAGUGGGAUGGCUCGAUGCCCUUAUGAUCCCAGACACGCUAACGUGGCUCUUUUUGCAGAGGGCAGUCUCUUCACUGGUACUGUAACAGACUUUCUGGCGAUUGAUGCUGUGAUCUAUCGUAGCCUAGGCGACAGCCCUGCUCUCCGCACCGUCAAACACGACUCCAAGUGGUUCAGAGAGCCCUUCUUUGUGAGCGCAGUGGAGUGGGGGCCUCAUAUUUACUUCUUCUUCAGGGAAAUGGCCAUGGAGUUCCAUCACCUGGAGAAGGUGAUGGUGUCUCGUGUGGCGAGGGUGUGUAAGGGGGACCAGGGUGGGUCUCAGAGGGUGUUGGAAAAACAGUGGACAUCGUUCCUGAAGGCCAGACUGAACUGCUCUGUCCCAGGAGACUCCCACUUCUACUUCAACCUGCUCCACGCCACCAGCCCCAUACUCAACAUGAACGGCAGGGACGUCAUACUGGGACUGUUCUCUACACCACCCAACAGUAUCCCUGGGUCUGCAGUAUGUGUGUUUGACAUGCAGCAGUUGGCUAGGGUGUUUGAGGGAAGAUUCAAGGAGCAGAAAUCUCCAGAAUCCAUCUGGACACCUGUAUCUGAUGAGCUUGUGCCCAAACCCAGGCCGGGUGGCUGUGCGGUGCAGGGGUCUCAGUUCAGCUCGUCCAAAACUCUGCCGGAUGAGGUGUUGAACUUUGUGAAGACUCAUCCCCUGAUGGAUGAGACCAUACCCCUGGUGGGGCACAGACCCUGGGUUGUCAAGACUAUGGGCAGGUACCAGUUGACAGCCAUGGUGGUGGACACAGAAGCUGGUCCCCAUAGAAACCGUACGGUAUUGUUUCUGGGGUCCACGCGAGGGACCAUCCUCAAAUUCCUCAUUGUCCCCAGUGGAGACAACUCUCCCACACACAGCAGUGUGUUUCUGGAGGAGGUGGAGGGCUUCAACCCUGAGAAGUGUGGAGAGGACUCUGUCCAGGCCAGACAGUUGUUGUCUCUGUCCUUGGAUCGUCCCAGUCACACUCUACUGCUGACCUUCCCUUCCUGUCUGGUCAGACUGCCCACAGCACGCUGCCACCUACACUCACGCUGCAUGAAGAGCUGUCUGACUUCCAGAGAUCCCUACUGUGGCUGGACCAGAGGCAGCACCUGCUCCUUCCUCAGACCAGGCACACGACUGCCUUUUCAGCAAGACAUUGAGUAUGGCAACUUCUCCCAUCUUGGAGACUGUGGUGGUGUCAUACAGCAGAGUCUGCUGGUCGAGCCGGAGAGUCUGGUCUCCCUCAACCUGCUGGUGACGUCUGCAAUCUCGGCCUUCACCAUCGGGGCGAUGCUAUCAGGCCUGGCCGUCUGCUGGAUCAUGGCCCACAAGCCCAGCAACCGACGCCACGCUAGCAACACCAGCCAGUCCAGCAUUCAGCGCCGGGAGAGGGGGAUGUUGACGUCAGGAGGAGGGAUGGGAGGAUCGGUCCUCAGUGUGACCCGUCAGGGAGGAGGGGAUAGACCUUGUUCUCAGGGCGGGGAGACCCUGUUUGUGAUGCCCAAUGGAUGGGUGAAGUCAGGGGAGCUGGACCCAGGGUUCUUGCCCACGCCAGAGCACACGCCCCAGCAGAAGAGACGCGGGCUCAGGCUUUCCGAUUCUGGAUCAGGGGGGUGGGACAACAGCCAGACCUACCUGGGAGGGAGCACCAUGGGGCUGGCAUCCCCCUGCCCUCUCCCUUGCCCCCCACACCCCUCUACUGCUGUCUACCUGACCACCAGACUCUUCCAGGGUGGAGGAGGUGGGAGACAUGGUGGUGAGGACCGAGGAAGAGAAGGGGAGACGCCUCGCCAGCACUACGUGUGCCUCAGCAAGCCCUGGGGGGAGAAGGGGAGGAGUGGGACCCCAAAGUCGGCACUUCGCAAGUCGGCAGGGGAGUACGUGUACCCCAUGACCCCCCAGGACUCCCCGAAUAGGAGGAGGGUGGUGUCAGCCCCCAGCGCCCACAUGGAGUUUGGGGAGCCCCUGCCUCUCCGUUGGCCUCCCCAGGAAGGCUACAUCCUCAGCAGCCAGGGCAUGGUCCCCGCACCUCCAUCCUCCAUGCCGACCCCCAACGGCCAGCAGUAUGUGGCCCAGCACCACACCCCCGGGCCGGGCAGGGCUCAGCUGAGAGGGGAACUGGGGAGAGGAGAGCUGGGGGAGCUGGUGGAUCUCAGCCAGCUGCUGAGUAAGAAGAGUUCCAAUGAGAGGACUCACAACGGGCAGUGAAAAAGAGAGUGAAAAGCAGGGAAGGACCCCAGUCACUGCUUAAGACCAUAUCAGUCUCUUUCUACAUCUCUCUCCUUCUCUCUGUUCUACCUUUUCUCUCCCUCCCUCUCUCUUUCUUUUCUCUCUCUGCCUCUCUGUCUCUGUCCCUCAUUGUCAUUCAGUCCUCCUGAUAUCUCUGUAUCUCACUGGUGGACUCCUGAGGCUGUUCUUUCUGUGACUGGUUACUACUGCUGUCACUCAGAUCCUGCUUGGCUGUGAUUAGCCAGAGAAAAUGAGGUUGUUGCUGUGUCUGCCUAUCCACUCAAGCUGCUUAAAGAGGGGAGGAGGCGAGAAAGAGAGAAAGGAGAGCGAGAGAUAGGAAUUGAAAGAGAGGUGAGAAAGAGGGAAAGAGAGAGGGGAGGAGGCGAGAAAGAGAGAAAGGAGAGCGAGAGUGAGGGAUUGAAAGAGGGAAAGAGAGAGGGGAAGGAAGGACGGAAGAGUUUGCUAGACAGUGGAAUUCUUACAAAGAAAACAUGCUGAGAGAGAACCAUAAGCAGGAAGCAACAUGCAAAAGAGACCCAGAGACAGACACUUGCCGACAGCCUUACCUGUGCUUCAAACAGGCCAAAAAGGACUAACCAAACAACAUGGCCACUUUCAGGUGUCAGAAGACGAGACCUAGGAGACAUCAUUCCUACACAAUGCACUCUGUCCACCUUCCAGUACAGACUGAGUGGCACUCACACAUGAAUUAGAAAGAUAUUACUUUUAGGAAUCUUAGGUGAAUGAAACAGACACUGUUCAGCCUCAGUGUGCAGGAAAACACUGAGGUUAUUCUGACUCUGAACGUGAAGAGAAUACCUGAUGAAGAGUGUCGAAAGGAAGCGGCAAUGAAGAUUUAAUAGCCUGCCCUCCAGCAGCCUCCUGACACACACACACACACACACACACACACACACACACACACACACACACACACACACACACACACACACACAGAGAGAGAGAUUUACAGCUCAGUUUUAAUAAGCCUGGUCAGGGGACCAUAUAUUCCCAGUGUAUGUGAGGUGAGAGGGGCCAUACUGUACUGCUCCUAACCUGUCUCACUGGAACCAUGGGACUAUAACCCACUUUUACUGAGAAAGGAGGAGAGUCGGACUGGAAUGUCAGCAGUAUUUCUGCCAACCAGGCGUUCUCUCUAAUGACGCCAUUUCAUCCAUCCAUCCACCCCUUCCACUCUAUGUUUUUCUUUAAUGGCAUAGAGAAUUAGGUUGGUGUGUGUGUGUGUGUGUGUGUGUGUGUGUGUGUGUGUGUGUGUGUGUGUGUGUGUGUGUGCACGCGUGUCCAUCCUGUGCCCUGUGUCUGUAUGCGGAGGUGCACUGACUAUGCAUGUGUGUGACAGUCACUGUUGUUGUGAUUAAACAACUGUCCUGCCGCUUACUCAUCAAUGUUCAUGGUUAUUUUCAUAGAACUCAAAUGCCAUCAUAUAUUCUACCCAUCAAAGUGUGUAAUAAAAGACUUGCCAUUACGUUAAGCGGACAUGGGGAGAGGGAUAGAUAGAAAGACAGAGAGAUAAGUAGAAAGACAGGAGGGUGGAGACAAACAGAAAGGCAGAGUGAGAAAGAGAGAGGCAACAUGGAGACAAGAAAGAAGAUCGGAUCUGCCAUUCUCAAGUCGUCAGAGACACAGCUCCAGUCACAUUCAGAAAAACGUUUUGUUCAGUUCUGUUGUGAACCUGAGCAGCAAUGACUUGUAUAUAAAGACACUUGUGACUCAACCCCAGAUGUCUGUGUUACCAUUGGAGGAGCACAAUGAUGACAGCACUCAGACAGGUCAUGACUCAAAUCACACCCUAUUGUCCAUAUAGUGGUCAAAUGUAUUGCACUGAAUGGGAAAUAUGGUGUUAUUUGAGAUGCAGCCACAGUAACAAACACACUCAUAAACACCAUGCCGAUGUCUUUUCUCCCUCCGUGUCAAUACAAUGUGUGCCAAUAUUCUGAACUGUACUUUUGGGUGACAUAUCACGUGACCACUGAAACAAAAAGGAAAUGUUUUUAAGUGCCAUAAAAACCAUGUCAAUUCAUUUUAUACCUUAUAUAUUUGAUACUGUGAUGUUGUAUAAUUUGUUCAAAUGUGUACAGUCUUACUUCCUGUGUGCAAUGAUGAGGAACUUCACAAUGUCGCCUUCAGGUAGCCUACUGAAUGUUUGUUUUCUUUCAUAAUUCUUUUGCCUUUGCUGCUCUUGUGCAUUUUAGGCAUAUCCAUUUCAAAUGCUAGAAACACUGAAAAUCUGUUUAUAAACCACUUAUGAACAUAGUACAGAAUUUGGUUCAGUUGUUACUGAAAUGUGCUAGCAUUGUAUUGAUUGUUUUCGCCCACACCAACAAACAGCCAUACUGUGGAACCUUCAAGUCAAAGGCUACUUACUGAAUGAAUAUAUAUACUAAUUUGCUCAUAAAACUGUGCAGUAAUAAUACAUCAUGGAAAAGCACAACUUUUAUUUUUCUUAUUUGAAAAGGAGUUGUACUGUAUCUAAUGCAUAUCCUUGUAAAUAAUUGAUUUGAAUGUAUCUUACCCAUUUGGUUUUAAUGAUUCUUGUUUUCUUACUUGACAUGGGCCUUUCUCUUUGACGUGUGAGUUUUUGUUGACUAUGUUGUGAAUGAUCUGUAAAUACACUAAGUACAGUAUUUACCUUUGACUAAAUGCUGAGGCUAGCUGUUUUCUUUCUAAAGAGUAGAAUCGCAGGCUUGUCCUGUUGAGCUGAAUUAAAAAAGGUAUCCAGUUGA